AAUCAGAGGUAUUUUGCUGGGAUGUGGGGGCCCAUGAAGAAAUGUCUUCAGAAGUUGAAGGAAUCCAAAGUGGUGAUGACUGUGAUGUACUACAAAUACAUAAUGAAGAUGUGGAAGUGUUGCCUGUAAUAGAAGGAAAGGAUGACAUCCCCAAAGUUGACCAUUCAUAUUGCUCAAAAGCCAACACCACUGCUGUUUCCACUACCAGUAUACAGUGUCAGACUGAUGUUACAUUAGAAGAUUUAUCAGCAUAUGAUGAUAUUCAUCUGAAGGACAAAGGCAGUAUGAGAAGAAGCCAUGUCAUGAAUGAUGUCCUGAAGAAUGAUGCAUCCUGUAAAUUCUACACUGGGCUUUCUCUUGGAAUUUUCUUUCUGUUGCUCAAUUCGCUCAAAGACAAAGCUGCCAGACUUUCAUACUGGAGGGGAAAGGAAACUAACUUGGAAAAUAAUGAGAUGAAAAGGAGAGGGCCAAAGAGACUAUUAUCUAUUCGAGAAGAAAUGGUGAUGACCCUGAUGCGCCUCAGAAGAGGGAUAGAUACAAAAACGUUGGGUGCUAUCUUUGGUGUACAGGCUGGAACUGUCAGUAAAAUUUUUUUCACAUGGACAACUUUUCUUGCAUUGGAACUUAAAUUUCUAAUUUCAUGGCCAACUAGAAAUCAAAUUGCACAAAAAUUACCAAGUUGUUUUAAAUAUUUCCCCAGCACAAGGUGUAUUAUUGAUUGCACAGAGUUUUUUAUUCAAAAACCCAGUCUACCUUCCUCACAGAGAAUUACUUGGUCAUCUUAUAAGCACCACAAUACUCUAAAGUCAUUAAUUGCAAUUACCCCAACAGGAUCAAUCUGCUUUUUGUCUAGUUUAUUCACUGGCAGCAUCUCUGAUAAACGGAUAGUUGAAGAAUCUGGAUUUUUAGAAUGUAUAGAAAGAGGGGAUGACAUAAUGGCAGAUCGAGGCUUUUUGAUAAGAGGAAACCUGGCUCUAAAAGGAGCUACGCUAAACAUUCCCCCCUUUGCUUUUAACAGACAACUAUCGGGUUUAGCUGUAACAAAAACAAGACGCAUAGCUAGGGCAAGAAUACAUGUAGAGAGGGCAAUUGGUCGACUUAAAUGUUUCAACAUUUUGCAGGGUGUUAUACCACUUAAAUUAAAGCCCAUCAUUGAUCAGAUAGUAUGCUUGUGUGCAGCUUUAUGCAAUUUAGACCACCAGCUAGUGAAAUAA